AAGCAAUGACUUAAUUUAAGAUGGUAAAUCAUUGCAUCCUGAAGUGAAAUCAACUCUUGAUUAUCAACUCCUCCGAUUUCCCACAACCGGCAGAUCCUCCGUCGCCAACUCUCACAUUCACUGCACUUUCUAUUCUAAUUUUUGUAGCCAACCCAUAUUAAUUAAAACACAUUUUCUUUCCACCAUUACCACCAACUCUGAGAUCAGAGGAAUGACGGCUUAUGGUGCACUGCUUUCUCUCAAGAAUACGAUUCACUAUAUUCUCAAUUCUCAACCUUCUCUACAUAUCAUACAACUCGCCUACAACGAGUUGCAGCCAUUGCAAGAAAUUCUGCAAAGAUUGGAUGGCACAAGCCCAAGCAAGACCAGGAAGAAGGUGAAUGCUUUGGAUGGACAAAUCAAAGAUACACUAUGGGCAAUGGAAGACAAAUUGGAGUCCCAUAUUCUCUCACAGAUUCUUCCAGACCAAGUAGAUGGAGGAGUGAAUCAAUCUAGAAGCAGUGCCAUUGAUCUGCAAGAAGAUGUUGAUUCCUUCAUCCACACCCUCGAUGAUCUGAAGAGGAAAUACAUUUAUGAGGUAGAGAAUAUGGGUGACGAAUGUGUUUCCUCAAGAAUUGGUUUUGGUGGAACCAAGUCAAAGAUGAUUGGAUUAUCCGACGAAUUCGAAAUAUUCAAAACCCGUCUGAUGGGAAGCCAUCGCAGGAAGAAUGUGUGGGCGCUUGUUGGAAUGGCAGGCAUUGGGAAGACAACUCUUGCUAAGGAAAUCUUCGAAGAUCCACAAAUCUCCAGCCAUUAUGAGUAUCAAGCUGGGGUCACAGUAGGCAGAAAUCCUCAACUCACUCAACUUUCACGAGCCAUUCUAGCUCAACUCACUCAAGGAGAUGAAGAUAUAAGUGAAGGAAAGAGUUGCCUGAUUGUGCUCGAUGAUGUCUGGGAGAAACAGGUGCUGGAUCUCUUGAUAAGUUCCUUACCAAACAUCAAUAAUGGAGUUAUUCAAAUCUUGGUUACUACUCGAGAUGGAAGCGUAAUUGGAUACCAUGAUGGAUUUCUCACUUGCACCAGUGAGGUGCGGUUUUUAGAUGACCAAGAAAGUAAGGAUCUGCUGUGCCACAAGGUGUUUGGCGAAGAGACAUGCCCUCCUCAACUCGACAAAGCCGCAACCAAGAUCGCCAAGAAUUGUGAAGGUCUUCCUCUCACCAUACUCACAGUUGCUCACUACCUAUCUCAGAAUAGAGACCCAGAAUACUGGAACGAUGUAGCAGAAAAGAGAAAUUCAGUCUUCACGAAUGCAUACGAUCAAAUAUCAAAGGUACUUUUCCCAAGUUACGACUACUUGCCUCAAUGUCUCAAAAUGCCUUUUUUGUAUAUGGGAGUUUUCCCUUCAGAUUAUGAUUUCCCACCAUCUAAGAUCAUCAGUAUGUUGACCGCCGAGGGCUGGUUUCUUGACACAAGCAAAACCCUAUCUUUGGAAGCCUCUGUUUGGCAAUGUCUGCACGAGCUUUGUAUCUCCAAGAUUCUUGUUUUAUUCAACAGGAAGAGCAUUUUUUGGGAUGGGGGGAUUUAUGAUCACAUUUAUAAAACAUGUCGGCUUCAUUCUUCGUGGCGGCACGUGUGCAGAGGAGAAGCUCAGAAGAACAAGUUUUAUCAUGUCUUAAAUAGGCUUGCUGAUGGCUUAGAAGAAGGUGUAAAAGGUCAGCGCGGAUUAUGUCUCGAAAAUAACAUGUUAUUUGGCAUCAAAGAAUUCUGCAACUUGGUGAGAUUGAACUGUGCAUCCUCUACACGUUCUCUUCUUUUUUAUGGUCCAUACCACCCAUAUCCAGUCCCAAUAGAUGUCGGUUUCAAGUUGCUUAGGGAACUAGAUGCUCUACAACUGCGUUUCUACACUUUUCCUACACAAAUUCUAACACUAGUCCAACUAAAGUACCUUGCUCUAACUUGCAACAAACAAGUCCCUGCAACCAUAUCCAAACUUUUCAACCUUCGGACCUUGAUUAUCCAUCCACAUGUUAACGUUAGAUGUUGUAGAGCUCCGUCAUAUGUGCCAGUACAAAUAUGGGAUAUGCAAGAGUUAGAGCAUAUUGAGAUAUUGGGAAAGAGUCUUGUAGCUCCAGAUCAUGUUGUUUCUUUGGAAAAGCUUUCAACACUUGUAGGCAUGAAUACUAGCAUUUGUACUAUCUUGAGACUCUCCAAAAGAAUUCCUAAUAUAAAGAAAUUAGGAAUUCAGCUCGAGCUGACGCCUUGUGAUGACCAUAAUGACAUCUUGAGUUGCUUUGGUUGCAUUUCAACACUUGGAAGUUUACGAACACUAAAAUGUAGUAUCAUAAAUCCUAUGCUUAAGUCUGGUCAUGGUCAUGCUAUCUCUGCAACUCCUAGUUCAUUGAUGUUGGCACUUGGAUUGAAAAAGUUACAUUUGAGUGGCAUGGGUUUUCCGUGGGAAUACAUGGAUGUUAUUGGCUCUUUGGAAAAUCUUCAAGUGCUUAAAUUGCGAUCCUACGCCUUUCGAGGUCCAACGUGGGAAGCACAAGAGCUAAGUUUUUUGAGGCUUAAGUUUCUUCUAAUUGAAGACAGUGAUUUGGUGCAAUGGAAACCAAGAUUUAGAAGCUUCUUUUCGCUUAGCUACCUAAGCUUGAAACAUUGCUACCAACUGAAAGAGCUCCACUGGACAUCCCAUUCUGUUUUCGGAAAAAUUGAAUUAGUGGACUGCAAUCCUUUAGCUGUGACUUGUGCCAAUCAAUUGCAGCCUCGUCCACGUUGUCACCUUGACGUUAUUGCCUCUUCUCAUUUUGACGAGAAACCGAUAACUACCAACCUUCAAAGAUAUGGCACUGCUGAUGAAGAUACAAACGACGAGUAUGAGAAAAAUGAAGAAGAGGAUGAUGAAGAUUUGAGCGAUUGGGAAGAGGAUGAUGAUGAAGAUUUGAGCAAUAGGGAAGAUGAUGAUGAUGAAGAUUUGACCGAUAAGGAAGAGGAUGAUGAUGAAGAUUUGAGCGAUUGGGAAGAGGAUGAUGAAGAGGAAUGAUGAAGAAGAUGACCGAUGUUGAAGAGCGUGACUCCAUUGGGCCAUUAAUUCCUAGCUUUUUUCUUUUUCCAGUAUAUAUCACUUCAGCUACUUAAAUGCAUGCAAUGUUUCUUUCUGUUGGGCUUCAUGGUUUUUCUGCAGCAUUAAUUUAAGCUAAAGACAUUAUUUUUACUAUAGUUGAGUGUGACAAAACUGAUUUGAUAA